UAGUACUAAAAAUAAACUGCGGUAAAAAAUUGUAUUUACGGUAACAAUCGACUGACAUCACGUUUAUUUGAACAAUCGACUGAUUCGAUUACUUUUAGUAGAAAUCGCUCAUCGCUAGUUCUAGCCCAGUUAGCCAGCUCCCAGUCAGAGAAUUUACAAGCAAACUCAACUCAAAAGGCAGCGACGGUUUUGUUUACCUAUUAUAUUUUAUUUUUUGGAUUGUGAAAUAGAUUAAUAAGUUAUGGGGCUAAAAGAAGCUAAUAUUUACUUAGAUAAUCAGCUAAAUACGUUUUAUGCGGGUCAAACUAUAAAUGGAAGAAUAGAGUACGUUUUCGAUAGUCCUAAGAAAGUUCGAGGAAUACAAGUCCAGUUUAAAGGCGAAGCUCAUACCGAAUGGUAUGAAAGUAAGCAACAAGAGAACGAACAAGGGAAAACAGAAUCAAACGAUACAACUCACACGGGAAAUGAGGAGUACUUUCAAGUGUCCUAUUAUGUUCUCGGUAGUAGCAAUGGGAAUGAAAUAGAAAUCCCGGCUGGAAAGCAAGUGUAUAACUUCACAUGCACUCUGCCACCUGUUUUACCCUCAUCCUUUGAGGGAGAGUAUGGAUAUGUGCGUUACACUGUCAAGGUGACCCUGGAUAGGCCAUGGAAGUUCAACCAGGACACCAAAAUGGCCUUUACAGUGAUCAAUGCCUUGGAUUUGAAUCUCAACCCUUCUUACAGAGAACCAAUUCACAUUCAAAUGGAGAAGACUUUCUGCUGUUUCUGCUGUGCCUCCCCCCCACUUUCAGUAGAUGUGCUUGCGCCAGUCUCCGGGUACUGUCCAGGGCAAGUCAUACCAAUCACUGUUAAUAUAGAGAACAAAAGCAAUGUACAAGUGCAUUUGGUCAAAAUAUUUUUAAGAAAAGUUGUAACAUACCGGGCGUCAUCAGGCGCUUCGAAGAAAACGAAAGACAUAAUCCUUACGGUCCAGGAAGGCCCCGCCCCCGCGGGCUCCACGAAGCAUUGGAACUUGAAUAUGGAAAUACCCCCGAUUCCACCUUCCAAUCUCGUCAAUUGCAAUAUCAUCGACUUGGACUAUGAUUUUAAGGUGGAAUGUGUAGUAUCAGGAAUGCAUAUAAAUCUAAAAGACAAGAAGUACAUAACCAUUGGUACAGUACCACUAGUGGGUAUGCCGGGGCAAGGCGUCCCGGCGCAGCCGAGCGGGCAAUACUCCCCCGGGCAGCCGGCGGUGUUGCCCGUCGGCCCUGGCCAACCGGCACUGCCUUCGGCACCACCGGCGCCGAAUGGCGGAGGCGAGCCGACCCAGGGCUGGGUGAUGCCAGGGCAACCUCCAUAUCAAGGAUUGUACCCCACACUUACGGAACCUGUAUACAAAGAAUCUCAGUACACGGCGCGAACCAUCCAGGACAGAGGUGACAAUGAACACACGAUGAUAAGGGCUCCUCAAUUUGCCCCCUACUACCCCACAUAUGCUGCAGUACAACCUCCACCAUUGCCACAAUAAAAAAAAAAUAAUUAAACAACCUUUUGAGCCACUGACCAAGUUUAAAUUAAGUAACAGUUUAAAAAGUAUAAUUCGGUGAGUUUAUAAUUAUGCAAACUUCAAAUUGGUGUUUUACCUAAAAAGUGGUUAUAAUGUCUCGAUGUUUGUAGUGAACAGCUGAGGCGUAUCUUUAGCUGUUUAAUUUAGGAUGGUUUCUAGUCGUCAGUGCUUUUUGUUGUAGUUGCCUUCGACGAUAUCCACAAGAGGAAUUGAAAUGUAUUAUUUGCUGUAAACAGAAAAAUAGACAGAAACCAAAUUUGUCAAAUAUUACAAGUCAAAUAAGAAAUCUCACAUUAUGAAGUGGCGUUAUCCAUCCAGUAGUUUUAUAAUCAAUUGUAAAUUAAAGUGGAAGGAAUUAAUGUCUUCCCAAUUUUUGAGGAGUCGCAGUCAAAAUUGCACAAAUAGGUUAAAGAAUCUUAUAUUUACAAUACAAUAUAUAACUUUUUGAUUGUAAUCAUAAUUUUAAUAAUAUUAAAAUAAUCUAUACACAAGAAAAUGCUUCGAGCUUAUUGGCAUUUAAUAUUUUAAUAUAAAAUAAUGUUUAUGUAAUGUUGCUUUAACAGUAUACCUCGAGCACAAGUGUGUGUGAUUUGCCAAUGCCUUAGAUUAUUUAUAAAAGGCUGAAUUAUUACCGUAAAAAAUAUUCGUCCAUUUGAUAUUAUUUCGUUAUUUGAUGAAAUAAUUUUUAUCACAGAAUGUUUUAACAAAGUAUUUCUGAAAGGGCUUCAUGUAUUAGAAAUCUCAAAUGUACUAGAAAACUCGAUUAUUAUUUAUAGGAACAGUUUAUUGUAUUUAAGUUAGAAGUGAGUCGUUAUGUUAUUAAUUUAU